AGAGCUCUGGGAUUGGUACCCACGUCCAGGGAGUUAGCAUUCCUGCCCAGGGGAGGUGGCACAGGAGAGAGCUUUCAAGUGUAUUCAACAAUCUUCCCCACAGCCUCUCCCCGCCCCCCCACUCCAAGACCAAACUCCAAGAUUUCCUGAAGAAAAACAAGCUCAUUAACCCAGACUCAGCCUGACAUAGCAAAAGAUACCAGCAGCAUUCACAUGGUGAGAACUCUGGCUUUGUAGGUUCGUCAUGGGGCCUGUCAGAAUCCUGUAUGAUUGUCUCUAGACCAUGAAGAGGAUGGAGAGGCACAUGGUCACGGGUCCUGCGUAUAAGCACUUCGAUUUGGAGAGGAAGAAUGCCAGGCGGGCUGAAGCCAGACUCCGCCAAAGACUGCACACACUGGAGUACAUCUGCCUGUACCAGAUGAAGCUGCUGACCUGGGAGCAGAGACAGCUCCAGAAAGAACUGCAGCGGUUGCAACAAGCAGAUAUUAUCAAGAAAAAGCUCUCCUCUUAUUUGGGGAAUGGAAUUCAGAAGAAACCAAAAGAUGCCCUUCCACCCUCAUCAACAAGAGGACAGAAGCACCGAGUUCCACAGGUUAAUAAAGUUAGAGCACUGGUCACCAACACAACCCAAGAAAUACAUAAAACCAAAUCCCAGAUGCCUCCUUUCCAUCACACUGCCCUAAAGGACUCCAUGAAAAGCAAAGAAGAGUCACUAUCUCAAAAUUACGGAGCUUCCCGCUCUACAGCAGAGAAGCCACGAGCCCAUGAGAAAGAUUGUCAAAGCCCCCCAAAGGGCAAAGACUCCAACAAGGGCAUCUCUGUUCUGUGUCAAGAUCAAGAUGUCUCCAUCAACACCCUAGACCAAGGCCCUGGUUCCAGCCCAGCUGGUGAGAGUGGAAAAGCACACAUUGACAAGGCCGGAUCAAAGGAUGCCAGCCUACAGCCAGACCCCAACGCUGGCAGACAAAGUCCCCUGAAUCCCAGGGAAUGCGCAGGAUAUUUGAAAGACGAGUCCGUAACACCUACCUUCUUAGAGCUGUUUGUGAAGGUCAGAAAUGCCCACUACCUCCGACACAGGGUUCCCCCCGAGUCUGAGAGACUGCUUAGUAUUGGGGAGAUAUGGCACAAGGAAUCCUUCCAGCCCAGAGGAGGACAGGAGUGUGAGAACAGGGCAGGCUUCCUUCGUCUCUAACCAUCUAGCAUAACCUCACAAGAACAUCUAUCAUACUCACUACAGAGAUGUGUGCCUCAAGUAACUGCAGUAAUUAAGAUAUAUAAUA